AUGAGUUCCACGGUGCACGAAUCUCAAAACGGAACAUUUAGCUUAGAGAAAGGAGAUCAAGAAAAUGGACACCGCCCUAGGAGACUCUCUUUGGUAUCCUGUGCUAAAUUCGAAACCCUUAUAAACAGAGCUGCACUUGAGCAUCUGGAAAAUGAAAAGGCGACAAAUUUGGAUCCAACUGAGGAAGAGGUGCAUCUUUUAAGCCAGUUUCCAAAAGAUGAUUCAAAUUGUAGGACUCUUAACAGUCUAAUAUUUUCUGUAAAAAAUUUGCCAACAUCAUUGCCAUUUAUUAUAAAAUGCAUCGAGAAUCAAAAUGGUCAUAUCGAGCAUUUGGAGACACGACCAUCCAAGAGAAUCAAAUUCUCAUUUGAUAUUUUGAUAACAGUUGCACUUACAAAGAAUGAGCUGCUGAAUAUUAUUGCUUCGCUGAGACAAAUUGGUGACGUCAUUCUACGUGGAAUACCUCCUAAAAAUAGACAAAAUCAUAAAGCUAUCUGGUUUCCAAAGCAUGUAAGUGACCUAGAUAAAUGCACUCACGUUUUAACACAGCUUGAAUCAUACCUUGAUACUGGUCAUCCGGGAUUUAGUGAUGCCGUUUAUAGAGCUCGAAGGCAAGAAAUAGCAGAAAUUGCUUUCAAAUAUAAAUAUGGCCAAUCUAUUCCUACCAUUGAUUACACACAAGAAGAAAUUAAAACUUGGAGAACUGUUUUCAAGAAAUUAAUCGAUCUCCAUGGAAAAUACACAUGUUCGAAGUAUAGAAAUUGCUUUCGAAUGCUUCAGGAAGAAGGCUAUUUUACAGCGGAUUCUAUUCCUCAGAUGCAAGAUAUAUCUAUGUUUCUGAAAAGAAAAACUGGAUUUGCUCUUCGUCCAGCCUCUGGUUUAGUGACGGCUCGAGAUUUCCUUGCGAGUUUAGCCUUCCGCGUUUUUCAGUGCACACAGUACGUGAGGCAUAGUUCCAAGCCAGACCACACUCCUGAACCGGAUUGUAUUCAUGAAUACUUAGGGCAUGUGCCGAUGUUUGCGGAUCCUUCUUUCGCCGACUUUUCCCAGGAAAUCGGACUGGCCUCCUUGGGUGCAUCUGAUGAAGACAUCGAAAAGCUAGCAACGAUAUAUUUUUACACAGUUGAAUUUGGUUUGUGUAAUGAAGACAACAGUAUAAAAGCUUAUGGAGCCGCGCUUUUGUCAUCUUAUGGGGAACUUCAGCAUGCGCUUUCAGAAAAACCAAAACUACGUCGCUUCGAACCAGAAAUUACAGCUGUCACGCCUUAUGAUGAUUCGACCUACCAAAAUCUGUAUUUCGUCGCAGACAGUUUUAAUGAGGCUAAAGAAAAAGUCAGAAAUUUUGUGAAUUCCCAUUUUCACCGAGAGUAUAACAUAGUAUACGAUCCCUAUACAGAAUCUGUGAAAGAAAUGGAUUCACUUGAGCUAAUAGAACAUGCUGUAGAAUCCAUGAAAUUGCAAAUCUCAACAUUAACUACUGCAAUAAGCCGUUUAAAAGGAUCCAAAGAAUGAAGCGAUGAUCACAAGAGUGGUUUUCUGAUAUCUGUCUUGUGAAGCUAUGUUUUUGCACUCUUAUAAAUCAAAUGCACAUUCUUGAGUAAGAGAUAUAUUCGUAUCUUGAAACAGGUAUAUUCGUUUUAUUGUAUUUGUGCGAACAAAGAUUUUUAGUAUUGUAUAAAAAUAUAUUAAUUAGAAUCAUGUAUUUUAAGUGUAGGAAAAUGCUAUUUAGAUGAAGAAAUUGGCAGCAUUAUGUGAUUUAUGAAUUGUGGUGUAGCUGAACAGAAUAUAAGUAUUUAAGUAAAUAAUUCCAAGUAGCAUUAAGAGUUAUUUGUCCAUUGAAUUAUUUAUCGUAAUGAUAACGCCAAUAAAAAUACAACAGAAUAUCAUCAUAAAGUAGAAAUUUCACGUAGUAUUAAUCAAGAAUUUACCAUUAAAAGAAGAAUAUAUUUAGAUUCUAGAAGUAAUAGUUGUAAUUUCCUGCACUGUUCAACAUAUGAAAAGCAAUAAAAGCAUAACGUAGAAAAUCCCAUUUAGUUUUGAUUAAGUACUAUUAAAAUAAGAAUUGUUGUUAAAGAAUUUGAUUA